CACCAAUGAACGGAGCUUUGAGCUUUCACUUCCAAACACUUAAAAGGAAACCAACAUGGGAAAGCGCACGAAAAAGGUCGGUAUCUGCGGGAAAUACGGUGUGCGAUAUGGUUCGUCGCUGCGUAAAGUGGUGAAGAAGAUCGAAGUCUCCCAGCAUGCCAAGUACAACUGCGUCUUCUGCGGCAAGGACAGCGUCAAGCGCGAAAGCACGGGCAUCUGGAAGUGCAAGUCUUGCCACAAGGUCACCGCCGGCGGUGCUUACUUGUUGAACACCCCCUCGGCUGCCACCGUGCGCUCCACCCUGGCUCGUCUCCGCAAGGCCCGCGAAGCCAACAUCGAAUAGAUCAUCCGUAUCCUUUCCUUGCUGGUUUGAUGCUUUGCUGCCACCCACAUGGCUCGCCGCCCAUGGCCGAUCCCAUUUAAGUGUAAUGAGAACGAGACUUCUCAUAACCCCGAACACCUCCAUGACCUCAUUUCCAG